AUCUACUGUGGCAAUAAGCUGAGGGAUGACCAGACCCAGGAUGUUUAUGGCAUCCAGUCCGGCUCCACUGUCCAUGUCCUGCGCUAGUCCUGGCCUGAGCCUGAUCUGAAACCAGGUCUUCAAGAUGCUGGGGAACAAGGAGUUGCUGGAUGAGAUCACUGCAGCUACUCCUGGCCUCAGCAGCGACCCUGUUGCUUUGGGAGUCCUGCAGGAUAAGGAUCUCUUCUCAGUGUUUGCAGACCCCACCGUGCUGGACACCUAAGUUGACGUCAGCUGGGGCAGUGACUCAGCAGUGCCUUUGUUGUGGGCACUGUUCCUUGGGGCUAAUCCCAGCCCACCCUGCCCUGGUCAAUGCCAUUGUCCUGGUGCUGCACUCAGUGGCUGGCAGCACUCCCUUGCCAGCCCCUGAGACCUCCUCCCGAGGCAUGGCCUCCGGCUCCUACCGUGACAUGCCAGGUGGCUUUCUGUUUGAAGGUCUGUCUGAUGAUGAAGAUGACUUCCACCAGAGCACAAGAUCCACGCCGUCCGGCAGCGCCUCCGGCUCCCGCCCGGCCUCCCUGGGCUACGCAGGGGCUGCCGGCCCCCGGCCCAUCACCCAGAGCGAGCUGGCCACCGCCCUGGCCCUGGCCAGCACCCCAGAGAGCAGCUCCCACACACCCACCCCUGGCACCCAGGGUCACUCCUCUGGGACCUCCCCAAUGUCAUCCAGCGUGCAGUCAGGGACACCCAUCACCAAUGACCUCUUCAGCCAGGCCUUACAGCACGCCCUGCAGGCCUCAGGGCAGCCCAGCCUGCAGAGCCAGUGGCAGCCCCAGCUCCAGCAGCUGCGAGACAUGGGCAUCCACGACGAUGAGCUGAGCCUCCGUGCCCUGCAGGCCACUGGAGGGGACAUUCAGGCUGCUCUGGAGCUUAUCUUUGCUGGUGGGGCUCCCUAGCUUUGGGGGCAGGAGAGGCUGGACUGGGGAGUUGGACUGAGGCAGCUGUCACAUUCCUUGGUCUGGG